AUGAUAUCCAGCAUUUAUUCGGCCGUUUCCGGCCUGGGGGACAAGAUCGGCAGAAUCAUAAAUCCUCAGUCGUAUCGAGUCGCCGAGUUCCGCUCCUAUUUAAACGACAAACAAGUUACCAACAAGCGUAUCAAGAUCACCAGCGACCAAGAUGACGGCAAACCUGAGAGCGCCGCUCGCGGCGAUGUUGCUCCUGACGUUGAUGGAUUGCGAUGGGUUGAUCGCGAUGGCCUGGGCGCCUUGAUGGACGAGUACAAACUCUUUGUCAGAGCUAUCGCCAGAGUCUGGGACUGUCUUUCUAAGGGAAGUCGGACGGACGCGAACAAAGAACUGGAACCCCUGCGCAUCUUUCUGGCUGACAAUGCGAGCGACCGUGCCAUGUUGAGUAAUGGCGACGGUCACGACCUUUGCGAACUUUUCGCCCUGCAAUUCAAGCGGGCUUUCGAAUUCCUGGACAGUAUCUACGAAAUUGGCAUCAUUGUCAAAAUCCGAGACGGCAACGAGACUGUUCCUACCGUUCUGGACUACAAACUCUCACCGACUGCUAUCGAGAACAUGACCUCGAUCAAGAACUUCUUGUCUGCCCCAGCACUUCCUGUCGUUUGCAAGGAUAUCCUGCAGAAGCACAACGAACUCGAAUCUAUGGUAUCUCAGGCUUUCCUGAACACCAUCAUACUUGACCUCGAGGCCAUCAUUCGCAACAUUCCAGCCCCAAGCUACGUUCUCUCCAAAGAUUAUCGUGACAGGCUUCAGGCUACCUUCCCCCCGCCCCCACGAACUGAUUUGGACACACAUCUUCUACUCCCGGGGUCUUUCCCCGAUUUUGAUGAGCUUAAGGAGCCUGUCGAAGCGCCAACUACGCCCUCUGUUGAAGAACCCCCCAGAGAGCCGAUAAAGGUUGAGCCACCUCAGCCUGAGUUUACACCACCCGAAAUCCCUCGCCCCAACUUCUCAAAGACCGACUUCAUUCGCACAGACAUUGUCAAGAAGACUAUUGACCGGAUAACAUCCGAAGACUACAGAUCGACCUUUUACGAAGACAGUGAGGAGCAUCGUGCAAUCAAGGACUCCUACAUCACCGACUUUGAACCCAAGGUUCCCCUUACUGCUAAGGAUGUGGGAUCUCUCAAGUCGAUUUUGCGAAACCGAAGGAAGCACCCUUCCAAAGUCACACCCAAGCGGCUGGGAAUAACACGCCCACCCAAGUCUGUGCGCUUCACCGAUUCUACUCUUAGCCCCCGACAACGGACGCACAUGGGACUUGAUGUUCCCAAACGCAUCAGACACGACCAAAAAGGAGAGCCAGUUGCGCCCUCCGAAGAAUUCCAAGAAAACCGACCUGCCUGGGCGCGUAGAUGGCUCAACCUCCCAUCUGUCCCAAGCAAUGAGCCAUCCAAAGACCGUAUCCUCCCUACAUUUCGUCGUCUUGAAGAGAAAGACGGACUUGACCCUACUGCUCGUAUCAAUGAGCUAUUUGCCCUCCCCUCGCUCAAGCUGCUUGAAAUUAGUGAUGAUUCAAGGGCGGGAAUAGAAUUCCAGAAAGAGCAGGCUGCGUUGAAGGCUGCCGAAGAGGCACGCCUAGCAGCCGAGGCAGAGAGGCGAGAGGCCGAGGAAAAGGCUCGAAAGGAGCUUGAGGAACGUCUUGCUCGAUCUGGUGGACUACGGGUGCCCAUCCAACCAUUUGUUACACCUGUAUCUGCAUCAUGGCAGACAAGGGCACAGGACACGCUCCGUGCCGCCACUACAACUACCCUCGCAAAGACGAUUGAGGGAGUUGAUUUGCGUCGCCACGACUUUGCCAAGGUGGUUUCUUCUACAGAGUGGCUCAACGACGAGAUCGUUAACGGAUCUCUCAUGUGGCUCGACCAAGCCAUUAACUCGGCUGCUGGCAUUAAGGAUGUCAAGAGAGCCACGCGGAAGUGUUUGACCAUGUCGUCAUUCUUCUUCAAGAGACUCCAAGACCAGGGAGUAGCACGAACUCAGCGAACCCUUCGGAGAUACGGAGUUGAGAAGAGGAACUUCCUUGAUGUCGACACCAUCCUACUCCCCAUAUGCGAGCGCGCUCACUGGACGCUGCUUGUUGUCCGCCCAUCAAAGCGGACUGUGGCCCAUAUGGACUCUUUGAAUUCGCGAGGCAACCCAGCCUACACCAACCUAGCUGUGUCAUGGCUCAAGGAUGUUUUGGAGGAUAAGUUCAUUAAGGAUGAAUGGAAGGUGAUCGUCCACCAGGCUCCACUGCAGAAUAACGGCCAUGACUGCGGAGUUCACACCAUCACAAACGCCAUGUGCGUCGCUCUGGGUCUCAGCCCCGUCGACUCGUAUACGGCAAGCGACAUGCCUGCGCAGCGGAUCCGCAUCGCAUGUAUGCUACUCAACGGCGGCUUCAAGGGAGAAUUCGAUUUACGAGUAUAUUAG